AUGACAGUUCGGGUAGUUCCUAUUUCUUUGUUUUCGGACGAUACUAGCAGCAAUAGAUCUAAAAAAUGGAACUGUUUCGACAGCUGGGUGAUGAACAUUGCUGCGUUCGAUCUUGAGGAGAGCAACAAGUACGAAAAUCAUUUCUUGUGUACCAGUAAUCACAAAGUCACCGCAAUGGAAAUGGUUAAGCCUUAG